AUCAUUCAUAAUUUCGCGAGGGCGACUGAGGCACGUGCGAAAAUGUCUAGGUCAUAUUAAGCCGAUCCUUUCCCUCCUCGCUCCCCCUCGCUGCAUCCUGCAUCGCUUUUGAUUAAUGCGUGACGCUUUGACUAGUAUAAGCCCCUCACGUCGCCUCUCCCCGUUGGCGCAUCGCCGUCCGAUCUCUCUCUCUCUCUCUCUCUCUCAUCAGCAUCUUGGUAGCUGAAAUUCGCCGGGAGAGGAGGGGGAAAAUCCAGAAAUGGGGGAAGGAAGGGAAGGUGAUUGGGAGUGCGGAGGUUGCAGGAACAGAAACUACGCCUUCAGAUCCUUUUGCAACAGAUGUAAACAGCCCCGUCUUCUCGUCGACACCAAAACCCCCGCCGAUUCCAAGUGGCUCCCCCGUAUCGGCGAUUGGAUCUGCACCGGUUGCACUAACAACAAUUAUGCAUCAAGAGAAAAGUGCAAAAAGUGCGGGCAACCAAAGGAAGUCGCAGCAAUGCCAGCAAUUGCAAUGCCUGGAGCUUCCCUCCCGACUUAUGCACAUUAUUUUGCCAGGGCACAAGGAGGACCAGAGCAAAAGAUGAAUAUCAAUCUGUUAGGCAGUGGUGCUCUCCAACAGCCACUUCCUUUGAGCCCUAGCUGGUCUCUUGGAGGGGCUGAUAAGUUUGCGAUUCAGUCAGCCUCUGCUUGGCCUUUGGUUGGAAACCAAACUUCUGGACUUCCAUUUGCAAACCAGUCAACUCAACUUGUUCCAAAAGGAUGGCGCAGUGGUGACUGGAUAUGCAACUGUGGCUUUCACAACUACUCUUCUCGUACACAGUGUAAGAAGUGCAAUGCUUCUAUGCUACCAGCACUUGGAACAAAGCGAUUAGCAUCUGAAGACUUAGUUCACGACUGGGAUAACAAGAGGCUGAAUGCUGGACAAACAAAUGGGCAUCAUCCAUCAUAUCUGGGACUUGAGCAGAUGGCAGGGUCUGUUUCUGAUCAAAAAACUGGAAUAUAUGAUCCCUUUCCUGCUGGAAGCUCAGCAGGGGCAUCAAGUUUGCAAGUGAAUAUGCAGUUGCCUGUGCAGGUUCCGCAGUUGGCACCGGCACCUACACUUCUUGGGAAAGGAGCUAAGCAAUGGCGUGAUGGGGAUUGGAUGUGCUCAAAUUGCAACAACCAUAAUUUUGCGUCUCGAUCACAGUGCAAUAGGUGUAAGACUCAGAGAGCCCCAAUAGCUCAGCUUCAGCCAGUUGGCGUAGCAUAGCAGGAAAUUAAUUGGUGGGUGUGUUGUAGCUUUACUGGCACUUCGGUUGAAGUUUUUAAUUUCUGUAAUAUGCUCGUGGGAGGAGGAUGAUAUCUGUUGAAUGAUUAUGAUAAAUUAGGGUUUUUUCCUUCAAUCUGAGACAAUGUAUAUUUAAUAACUUCAUCGCAUAAGGUGGGAGUGAGUUUUAUUUACUUAAUUUCAUGCUCAAGCUGGUUUUAGGACAGUUUAUCAAA